AUGGUCGACAACCGGUACGCCACGGCUCUUGUGAUAAGCUGUGUAUUGAGUAUUCUUGCGACGGUUUACCUUUCCGUGGCGGUGGGCACGCAGCACUGGUACAUAUACACGAGCCCGUCGGUGCGAGGAGAGAGCAAUGCGUCAGAACUCCGCACACUGCAAGAGGAGUUUAUCAGUGGAGAAUUUGACGAGAAAAUGUACAGCGACUCUCUUUUCCGACUUAACGGGACUCUUGGGCUGUGGUGGAGAUGUGUUUUGGUGCCAACGGAUACACACUGGUACAAAGAACCAGGUAAGCCGACCCAGAUGGAGAUGGAGUGUGUGAGUUUUACGUUAUCUCAGCAGUUCACGCCGAAGUACAAAGAGCCAGGCAACCACAACAGUGGGGAAGACCUGAUCCGCACAUACCUGUGGAGGUGUCAGUUCUUGCUGCCGUUGGUGUCUCUGGGCCUGGUGGUUCUGGGUGGCAUCAUUGGCAUCUGCGCUUGUAUCUGCAGGAGUCUUUCUCCCACCCUUGGCAUCGGAGUCCUUCACCUCCUCGCUGGUCUGUGCACUCUGGCCACGGUGUGCUGUUACCUGGCCGGGAUGGACCUGCUCCACCGCGUGUCUGUCCUGCCCGACAAAGUGGACGGCUCUCUGGGCUGGUCCCUCUAUCUCGCCCUCAUCUCCUCUCCCCUGCACAUGAUGGCUGCCGCUCUGCUCGUGUGGGCCGCACGCAGCCACAGUCAAAAUUACUACCGUAUGACUGCCUACAGAGUGGCCUAG